GAAAAGUGUCACGCUUCUGAUAAAUGCUAUCUUCUUCUUCCUUCUUCUUUUACAAGUGCUUUUCUUUAUACCGACGAUAUUGCGGUGUCUGAGAUUUCCAGAAUUUUGGAGAUGGCGUGUUUACAUGACCACAGUUGUGAAGAUCAUGAUUGUUCAACUGAUUGGUCUCUUUACAAGCACAUAGACCUCACUAAGGUAACCGCUUUGAAUGAGUCUGUUCCAGGAAGUGUUAAGUCUGUUUUUAAAGCUUGGGAGCAGCGCCUUAGUUCUUCUGAGGAACACUUGGAAAGCAAUGAAGGUGACCCGGAGUUACUUGUUUACAUUCCAUUUACGUCAGAUGUUAAGAUCAAGAGCAUAUCAAUUGUUGGUGGUGCUGAUGGAACCAGUCCUUCCAAGAUGAGAGCGUUCAUCAAUCGAGAUGGCAUUGACUUUUCGGAUGCUCAAGGUAUGCAAGCCAUUCAGGAGUGGGAGUUGGCUGAAAAUUUGCAAGGAGUGUUGGAAUACCAGACAAGAUAUUCUAAAUUUCAAAGCGUGGCAAGUAUCACAUUGCAUUUUCCUGAGAAUUUUGGCGGUGAAACUACUCAGAUACAUUAUAUUGGCCUAAAAGGUGAAGCUACCCAGUUGAAGAGGGAUGUCGUUGCAACAAUUGUUUAUGAACUUAUGCCAAAUCCUUCAGACCACAAGGCACGGUCUGAAAGUGGUGGGGGUCUUUCACAUGUUGAAUAAAGAGUACCAGCUAUCUAUUACAUCAUUUACAUGCUUUCUUCUUGAGUGGAUUCUGUAUUCUGUACAUCUGUUCUUGAAAUGUUGUUGCAACCCUUUAUUUUGUGGCACCUCUUAUCAUCUUUUACUUAGCCAUACAUGCUAUAUAAUAGAAAAAAUACACCUUUUUUAUUA